AUGCCUAGACACGGUUUUGCUCAUGCCCACGCUCACGCUGGCCCCGGCUUCGGCCCAGGCUUCACUAUCAAUGGUGCCCCAAUUUUUGACUUUGUUGAAGCUUUGGCUAACGACUUCCAAUCGCAUCCUAUUUUUGGAGAGGAAAACAAGCGAAAAAAGAAUUGGACUGGUAAUUCCAGUGCCAAUGGUAUUUCUGUUUCGCCAAGAUGUCGCAGCUGGGGUGUAAGAUCUGGUCCCAAUGGAACAGAAUCUGACUCUGUUGUCUCACCCCCUGUCGAUGUGUAUGAUACUCCUGACUCUUACACUGUAGUGGCUUCAGUUGCCGGUGCUAAUGCAUCUAAGAUCAAUGUUGAUUUCGACACGACCGAACAUGAACUAAUUAUUUCCGGUGUGAUCAAUUCUGCAGUCUCUGAGGAGCACCGUGAGAAGUAUUUGAAGAUUGGUGAGAGAAGAGUAGGAAAAUUCGAACGCAAGGUUACUGUUCCUGCUGAGCCUCGUGUUGAUGAUGAAAACAUCCAAGCCAAGUAUUCUAAUGGUGUUUUGAAGGUCAUUCUACCUAAGAUCCAGCCCACUCAAGCUGAGAAGAGACGUGUUGUAGUCUCCGUGGUUGAUGAUGAGCCUGAGGAGUCUGUUCCUGAGGAGCAAGAAAAAUCUAAUAAGGAAGAAGUCACUAAUAAGGAAGAAGUCAGCAUCGAAGUUUCGGAGACUUCCAGACAAGAAGGUUCUGCUACUGCAAGUCCGGCUGAAGAUGAAGACUCUGUCAUUGUAGAGAGCCCUGAUAAGGAAAAGACUGCUUAG